GACGGCGGAAGAAAAGCGAGGCCAGGCGGAGUGGAAGCAGCUAAGGAGGACCGGCUCGCCUGGCUCGGCUUGGCUUUUCCUUCCCAUCCUCCAGAGGGGGAAAGCGAGGAAAACGCUCGGGAGCGCGCGCGCCUCGGUUGCUCCGCCGCCGCCGCCGCUGCUGCUGCCGCCCGGACUGCAAACUUUCUUCUUUGCGCCCGCAGCCUCGAGAGAGCGGGAGAGCCGGGCAGGCGAGGUCUCGGGCCCGCGGACCAUCGGGCAGCAGCCCACCCACCCACCUAUCUAUCCAUCCAACCAACCAACCAUCCAACCAACCAACCACCCCCUCCGUUCCCCCGGUCAACUCCGCCCUGAAGCACGCCGACAAGUGAGGAGCAACGGGGGAAAACAGCCGAGAGAGAAAGAGAGAGGCAGGAGAAGCGAAAGGGGAGCCAACGAAAGGCCGUCGCUCCCGGCCGGAUCGUUAGUCAGCGCUUUGCCCCGGGGUUUGUGAGGAUCGCUCCUUCGGGGGAAUCUGCGGGGCGUCUCUUCACGCCUCUCCUUUUCCGUGGCGGGCCGGAGCGAGAGCUGCAACGUGGGGAUAAUGUGGAACGUGUGGAUGGUGCUUGCCUUCGCCUUGUCGGCCUGCGUCUCGGGCGAGACGAGAGCAGAACUGACCUCUGAUAAAGACUUAUACCUUGACAACAGCUCUAUUGAGGAGGCAUCAGGAGUCUACCCAUUUGAUGACGAUGAUUAUAUUUCUGGAUCAGGCUCCGGGGAUGAAGAAGAAGAGGAAGAAGAAAAGACAAUAGUGCUGACCACUAGAAUGCCUCCAAAGAUGCUGCCAACAAGUGAUGUUCCUACGAUUGAGAGAACUACACCGAAAACAAAGACCAAGGUACCUACACAAACGAAGUCACCUGAGGAGAUUGAUAAAAAAAUGCUUAAGCCUGAUGCAGAAAACAGAAAUGCUCAAAAUGAGCCAAUUGAAGAUACUGAUGUAUUUACUCGGAAACAUUCAGAGAACCUUUUUCAAAGAACAGAGGUUCUGGCAGCGGUUAUUGCUGGUGGAAUCAUUGGCUUUCUUUUUGCAAUCUUCCUUAUCUUGCUUUUGGUGUACCGCAUGAGAAAGAAGGACGAAGGGAGUUACGACCUCGGGGAGCGUAAACCCUCCAGCGCUGCCUAUCAGAAGGCACCCACUAAAGAGUUUUAUGCAUAAAACUCUAAACGUAGUGUCUCUAUUUCAGAGAUCACUGAACUUUUUAAAUAAAGCUUUUUUUUUUUUGGCCUAGAAUAAUGAAGAACUUUUUUUUCAUUAAAGAGCCUUUAUGGCACCUUUAUGAUAAGAAAAAAAAAGAGAUCCCAUUGUAUUUAAAACUUUUCAUGUAUUCCUUUUAAAAAAUGUAAAAUAAAAUCUUAACAUUUUGCAGUAUUCUGUGAAUAGCAGUGGCAACGUAUGAUUUUAUAUAGCCGUUGAUGUUCACCGAAUUAUUUACAAAAAAAUUAUGCAUAAGUGGAAAUGAUUGUUUUAUCUGAUGGUUCAAUGGAAGUUGUUUAAUUUUGUCAGCAUGUCUGAUGACUCUCACAAGUUAGUUUUUAUUUCAUUAAUUUAUCUGUUUUCCAAAAUUAAAAAUAAAAUGCCUUUUUGUAGUUGUCCUAGUGCAAUUUGUGUUCAUAUAAUUCAGAUAAUGUAACUCUUAGUGUAAAUGUAUUUUUUCAGCUAUGUAAACCUUAACCUCCAUUUUGUAUAAAUUUUAUUGUCAGAAAGUAAUUUUACCCGUUGGUUUCUCAAUGGUUUCUGUAGCUUGAUUGAAAUUUAAAGCGGAAAAUUAAUGUGUAAAAUUGGACUACUACAACUUCCCUUUAUAAAACAAAUCUUUAUAGGAGAUCUUUCAGUAAGCUACUGAUAAGCCUAUAUAAACCCAAAGACUCUUAACAGUAUUGCAAGGGGUUGCUGCAAAAUUUAUUUGGCCACUUUUUUUUAUUAAUUUCAAUUUGAAGGUACGAGAUGGAAUUCAAAAUGAAUCUGAAUCCUUUGUUCUUUUUUUUAAGCAUUUAAAGCAAAUGUCUUUUAAAGCCUUUGAAGUGCCUAUGAUUCUAUGUAACUUGUUGCAGACUGGUGUUAAUGAAUAUAUAACAUUAAAACAAAGAAAUGUUGAUAUUUUAUAAGCACAGACAAUUCUAAUGGUAACUUUUGUAGUCUUACAUGGAUAGACAUAAAUUGUAAUUUGGAAGCAUAAACACUACUGAAUAAAUCAUGUGGCCUAAUACUGAAA